GGAGGAGGCAGAGGGCGGCGGAGGAGGAGCCCCCCAGCAGCGAGCGGCGAGCGACUGACCGCGGCCUUCUGACCAGGACCGGAGCAGGGCCCCAAGCCCCCGGGCCUGGCGGGGGACGCGCUUCUCCCCACACCCUGUGCCUCAGCAGCUCCAGCCAGCGGACCCGACGGCCAAGAGGAGAAGAUGGGGAGCCCUGAGGAUGACCUGAUUGGAAUUCCAUUUCCGGACCACAGCAGCGAGCUCCUGAGCUGCCUGAAUGAGCAGCGCCAGCUGGGCCACCUGUGUGACCUCACCAUCCGGACGCAGGGCCUCGAGUACCGCACCCACAGGGCUGUGCUGGCUGCCUGCAGCCACUACUUCAAGAAGCUCUUCACUGAGGGCGGUGGUGGGGCCGUCAUGGGGCCCGGGGGCGGUGGGACAGCGGCUGGGGGAGCAGGGGCCGGCGUGUGUGAGCUGGACUUUGUAGGACCAGAGGCACUGGGUGCCCUGCUCGAAUUUGCCUAUACGGCCACACUGACCACCAGCAGCGCCAACAUGCCUGCUGUGCUCCAGGCCGCCCGGCUGCUGGAGAUCCCCUGCGUCAUCGCCGCCUGCAUGGAGAUUCUGCAAGUCAGUGGCCUGGAAGCCCCCAGCCCAGACGAGGAUGACUGUGAGCGAGCCCGACAGUACCUGGAGGCUUUUGCCACCACCACGACCUCAGGCGUUCCCAAUGGUGAGGACAGCCCUCCACAGGGGCCACUCCUGCCACCGCCACCGCCACCACCUCGGCCCACUGCCCGCCGCAGCCGCAAGCCCCGAAAAGCUUUCCUGCAAACCAAGGGGGCCCGAGCAAACCACCUAGUACCCGAGGCGCCCACAGUGCCCACCCAUCCCUUGACCUACGAAGAGGAAGAGGCGCCGGGUAGAGGGGGCAGCAGUGGAGGCAGUGGGCUGGCGGACAGCUACAGCCCUCCCACAGGAGUCGCCUCACCUACGGAGGGUCCCCUGAGCUAUGACACCUAUGAGGGUGAAGAGGAGGAGGAGGAGCUGGUGUAUCCCCCAGUCUACGGGCCAGCGCAGAGCGGCGGGCCCCCUCUCUCCCCGGAGGAGCUGGGCUCAGAUGAAGAUGCCAUCGAUCCUGACCUGAUGGUCUACCUAAGUUCCCUGCACCAGGACGCCCUGGCACCAGGCCUGGAUGGCCAAGAUAAGCUGGUUCGAAAACGCCGCUCCCAGAUGCCCCAGGAGUGCCCCGUCUGCCACAAGAUAAUCCAUGGGGCAGGCAAGCUACCACGCCACAUGAGGACCCAUACUGGCGAGAAGCCCUUCGCCUGUGAGGUCUGCGGUGUUCGCUUCACCAGGAACGACAAGCUCAAGAUCCACAUGCGGAAGCACACGGGAGAGCGGCCCUACUCGUGCCCGCACUGCCCAGCCCGCUUCCUGCACAGCUACGACCUCAAGAACCACAUGCACCUGCACACGGGGGACCGACCCUAUGAGUGCCACCUGUGCCACAAGGCUUUCGCCAAGGAGGACCACCUGCAGCGCCACCUCAAGGGCCAGAACUGCCUGGAGGUGCGCACCCGGAGGCGCCGCAAGGAUGACGCACCACCACACUAUCCACCACCUUCCACCGCCAGCCCAUCCCCUGCUGGCCUCGACCUCUCCAAUGGCCACCUGGACACCUUCCGCCUCUCUUUGGCUCGAUUCUGGGAGCAGUCGGCCCCCACCGGGCCCCCAGUCUCCACCCCAGGGCCUCCUGAUGACGAGGAGGAGGAGGGGGCACCCACCACGCCCCAGGCUGAAGGUGCCAUGGAGUCCUCUUAAAGAGGAAUGAGUGGCCAGGCUGGAGCAGCACAAGGGCGGGGAUCCCCAUGCCAAGCAGUGGGAGCAGGCAGGACAGGCGCAGCUGGGGUCAGGGGCACGGAGCCUUACUGCGCGGCAGAUUCAGCCCCUUCCUCUGGGUUCCCUCAUUCCAGUUCCAAGCUGAGAAGGUUUGGGGGCAGAGGCUCCCCAGAUUGGGGUGAUCCCCCAAGAAGUGAUACAUAUGAUAUUAUGUAUAUAUUUACAGCUCUAUUGUAAAGGUGGGGUCCCUGUCCCCAGCUGCUCCUGGGGAGUAGAAGCAAUAAUGUAUUUGAUUUGUGGGGUCCCA